AUGGGUUAAUGGAUCAUUAAUUGGAUGGACGAAGAAGUUGGUUGCGGAAAUUAUGAAAAUAAUUAGAAGAAUGGAUUAUGGAUUGAGUUGAGCACUGAAUUUUAAAUAGACAGUGAAGUUAAAUAUGCUGGCUUAUAUCAAAAUGGUAAGAAGGUAGGUAGAUGGAACACUUAUUAUAAUAAAAAAAAAAUGUACACAGACCUUAUAUGUUAUUUUAGUGGAGGGGGAUUCUAUGAUGAAUGCUUCCUAAAACAUGGAAAAUGGAUAGAUUUGAUAGAUAAUUUUUCUAAUGAUCGUUAAAUAGCUAUAAUAGGUGAAUACAAUAAAGGAGAAAAGAUUGGUAUUUGGGAUUGGAAAGAAUUAAGCCAUUUCUCUAGAUUUAAAACAAUAGGUGGAGGAUUGUAUAAUGGCUAAGGAUAAAAAAAUGGAAUUUGGCAUGGAUUGACUAAAAAUUACUCAUAUCUAAGUAGAAUAACUUAUAAAGGGAAAUAUAAAAAUGGUAAAAAGAUUGGUAAUUGGAAUUUAUUUUUUUUGGAAAAACAGAUUGGUGGCGGAGAAUAUAAUGAAAAGUCAUUAAAAAAUGGAAAUUGGAUUGAGGUUGAUAAUUUUUGGGUUUUCUGGUAUUGUUUGCAGUAUAAUAAUAGUGAAUCAUUAUGUUAAGGUGAAUACUUAGAUGGAAAAAAAAUUGGUAAAUGGAUUAUUAAGUGGGAAGGCGAAUAACUGGGAGGAGGAUAGUAUGAUGAAAAUAAUUUGAAGAACGGAAAAUGGAUUGAGUUAAGUUAAGAAUUUUAUCAAGACAGCUAAGUCACUUAUGCUGGCUUAUAUCAAAAUGGUAAGAAAGUAGGUAGAUGGAAUACUUAUUAUUAUAAAAAAAAAAUUGGAGGGGGAUCCUACGAUGAAUGCUUCCUUAAACAUGGAUAAUGGAUAGAUUUGAUCGAUAAUUUCUAUUGGUAUUAUUUCGAAUAAAUAUUAAAUUUAAUUAGUGAUAACGAAGUAACAGUUUAAGGAGAAUAUUUAAAUGGGAGAAAAAUUGGUAAUUGGGUAUAUGUUUUGGAUGGUAAAUUAAUGUAAGACAACUUAUCAUAUUGA